GGCGAGCCCGUUGAGUGCGGACCCCUGGCGCACUCGCCUGCCCUCGCGCCCGCGCUCGCGCUCGCUCCCCUCCAGCUUCUCUCUCUCUCUCCGCGCGGAGCCGCCGAACGAUGCGAUCGCUCGCAGCCGCCGCCGCCCAUUAGGAAACCCCCCCCCCCCACCCCCACCCCGCCCGCCCGCCUUCCGACAACCGCCCUCCCGCAAGAGCAGGACCCACCCUGUCCCCUCCCCCCCCCCGAACCCUCCUCCUCCUCCUCCAGCAGGAGGAGCUCAGCCUUUUUUGCACCAGCCCCAGCGCCUGCCUGCAGUCCCAGCCCUGCCCGGCUCCCACUUGGAUGCAUUGAUUGCUCGAGGGAGAGGUAAAGGAGGGGAGGGCAGCAGAGAGAGAAGGGGGGGGGGGACACGCACACAUUCGCUUGCCCAGAUUUUUUUUUUCUUGGGGGGGGGUUUGAUUUUUUUCCCCCCCUUUCCCUGGGAGUGUCUGAGAAGGGGGGAGGCGCCCGCCGAGAGGGGUUUGUGUGUGUGUGUGUGUGUGGCCAUCAUGGGAUGUACCCUGAGCGCAGAGGAGCGAGCCGCCUUGGAGAGGAGCAAAGCGAUCGAGAAAAACCUCAAGGAGGAUGGGAUCACCGCCGCCAAAGACGUGAAAUUGCUCUUGCUAGGGGCUGGAGAAUCUGGGAAAAGCACCAUUGUGAAGCAGAUGAAGAUCAUUCAUGAAGAUGGUUUCUCCGGAGAAGACGUGAAGCAGUACAAGCCUGUGGUCUAUAGCAACACUAUUCAGUCACUGGCAGCUAUCGUCCGUGCCAUGGAUACCUUGGGCAUUGAAUACGGUGAUAAGGAGCGAAGGGCUGAUGCUAAGAUGGUCUGUGAUGUAGUAAGUCGAAUGGAGGACACAGAGCCCUUCUCCCCAGAGCUGCUGUCAGCUAUGAUGAGACUCUGGGCAGAUUCUGGAAUCCAGGAGUGCUUCAACCGGUCCCGGGAAUAUCAACUUAAUGACUCUGCCCAAUACUACCUAGACAGCUUAGAUCGAAUCGGAGCUCCAGACUACCAGCCAACAGAGCAGGAUAUACUUCGAACCAGGGUCAAAACAACCGGCAUUGUAGAAACCCAUUUCACAUUCAAAAACCUCCACUUCAGGCUGUUCGAUGUGGGAGGUCAGAGGUCAGAACGUAAGAAAUGGAUCCAUUGCUUUGAGGACGUCACAGCGAUCAUUUUUUGUGUCGCGCUGAGUGGUUACGAUCAGGUGCUCCAUGAAGAUGAAACCACGAACCGCAUGCAUGAGUCUCUCAUGCUCUUCGACUCCAUCUGUAACAACAAAUUCUUCAUUGAUACCUCCAUCAUUCUCUUCCUCAACAAGAAAGACCUAUUUGCCGAGAAGAUCAAGAAAUCACCUCUGACCAUCUGCUUCCCUGAAUAUACAGGCCCUAACACUUAUGAGGAUGCAGCGGCAUAUAUCCAAGCACAAUUUGAAAGCAAAAACCGCUCCCCCAACAAGGAGAUUUACUGUCACAUGACUUGUGCGACGGACACGAACAACAUCCAGGUGGUCUUCGACGCUGUCACCGACAUCAUCAUUGCCAACAACCUCCGAGGCUGUGGCUUGUACUGACACCUUCUCGUCCUGUAUAGCAAAGCAACUUCUUUGACCACUUCACGGACUCUCCUGUUGGCGUUCUCCUUACCGGUAGCAUGACCUUUUGGCCUUUUGCAUAAGACACAGCCUUCCUUAUUGAAUCAAUGUAUAAUGUUCUGAACAUGGAAUGAUGGCUGUGUAUUUCCGUAGACUGCUGUAGAUCUGGUUUUAGCUGAGUCUUUACAUUUAGAAGCUAAAAGAUUAAAAAAGAAGAAAAAAAGAAAAAUGAAAAAAAAACGUUUUUUUCAUGUGCUUUGUAGCUAAAAAAAAAAGAAAAAAGGAAAAAAAAAAGAAAAUAUUCCUUUCCCAUUUCCCCUUCCCCCUUUAUUUAAAAAAAAAAGAAAAAUCUUUUGCAACUUCUCUUCUCCAUUCCUCAUUUUAACAGGAAUGAAUUUGCAUUUGUUUUCAUUUAAUUUCCCUUUUUGUGUUUAUUUGUGCCCUGCCUCUUUAAAAAGAAAAAAAAGGGGGGUCUUUAUUAGCCUGGAGUGAUAAGACUACAAUGCAAGACCAUGACUGUGGGUCAGGUAUCCAGCAGGGAAUGUCUUUCUGCUUUAUAUUUAUUUAUUCUUUUCCCCUAGUUUAAUAAUGACUCUUUGUUCUGAAUUGUCUCUUUCAUGCUCCAGAUUUGUAUCAAAAAAGCACAGCUGGCACUGGCCUGUAGCGGCCAAAUUAUCCAGAGAUUUUCCCUCUCUUGACUUUUCUUCUCUGAAGAAUACUGUGUAUUACAUACCCGAAAGGCUUCCUUUUCUUUCUUUUAUUGUUUUGGGGAUUGGUUUGGGAGACCUUAGAGGGAUUAUUUUUGUUUGGGUUUUUUUGUUUUGUUCGGAUUUAUUUUUGUAACUCUUUCCAGUGUAUGCUUUUUUGUGCUGCUUUUUUCCUCCUCUGAUCCUUCCUUUUAGUGAAUGGUGUUUUCUCUGUCUCUCUCUCUCUCCUGUGGGGAUGUUUGUGCUGCAAAAACAGACAAAAAAAAUACAAAAAAAAUACAAAAAACCCAAAAACAAAAAAAAGAAAAUGUUUAAAAAGUUUCUCUCUCUCUCUCUCUCUCUCUCUCUCACACACACACACACACACCACAAAAAAACUAAAAAAAAAAAACCCCCAAAAUCAAAUGUAGUGUUUACAUUAAAGCCACCGUUUUCAUGACCAAUCCUUCAUCAUUUCUACUUUGAUUAGUAAUCAGACAUCUUCACAGUUUCACUUUUCAGAGUUACCUUUGCUGAAGAAACCAGACACACCUGUUUAAAAUAAAAUGAAUAAAUAAAGAGGAAACUAAAUAUACAUAUAUAUAUAAAGCGCCAGGUCUUUCUAAGCCUUUCUAUUACCAAUCAGUGAGGUUUCUGUGAUAUAUUAGACACUGCCAAUCUCUUUCUCUGACUAAUGGAAAAUUCAUGUGUAGCUCAAUAAAAGAGAAUGUUUGUCUGUAAUCCUGGUCUUUCACCUUCUGGUUUUCAGACUACAGUUUUUUUAUUACUAUUUUUCUUUAAUUAAGGGGGGGGAGAAAAGGAAAAAAAAAAAAGAACACAGUGGUGCCAAUUCAUAUAUUUCUUGGGAAUGUAGGGGAAGGGGACAAAUUCUGGUCCCUACCCACGUUCCCACUUCCAGCAGGGACCCAGUUCCGCUCUGAAGUCAGUCAUCCCAUUUCCCCCCCACAUGCACAGGAACCCUGGGUCUUGCUCAUCCAGGGAGUCUCCCUGCUCUCUUACCCGCAUGGGGCUGCACUCCACCAUCCAGGAACAGACUCUCCAUGUGGCAGGUCGCGAGACCACUCACUGAAACUUGGCUCAGUCGCCCGUCCAUCAGUAUGGCAGGGCAGCUGCAUCAAAUUUCAGUAGCCAUCCUUUGGAUCUCCCUGGCAGCAGCUGUACUGAUUUAGUGUGGGACCACUGCUUAAAAGCGGUCAGGCCAUGCCACCCACCCACACCCACACCCUCGGCUUUGGGGCCUAUGGAACUUUGAGCCAGUGUAAAAACCCAGGGGAGGGGGCACAUGCCCCUCAGCCCCUUCCGAAUUGGCACCACUGCAAAUUAUUCCACCUCUUGUGUUGUUUCAAAAAGCUAUCGGACACGGGGGCCAGAUUUUUUAGAAAAACCUCAGCUCCCACUUAGGUCCUGGGAUCAGUGGCUAGACUGUGACGAGAAAGCCUACUGGAUGAACGUUGGGUGCUUUUGGAAGUCUGGCCCCCAUUGUGGAAGCUAAGCACUAAAACAUCUGGGCCCUGCGUGGCUCAGGAGAUUGGGAAUCACAGGCCUUUUGGCUUUAAGCUAAUUGUUCCCAGCCCACAGCCUGAUCUUGCAAGUUGUAUCGCAUAUAGAUAGGCCUCUGCACCCAUGCAGAUUGCUGUUGGCCUCAGCGUGGCUCUGUGCAGGCACAAGGAUCUGCCCACACAAUACAGCUUGCACGAUCAAUGCCCAGGGCAGAAGCAUCUGGAUGUUGUUGCCAUCUGAUGGUUGCUGGUAGCCUAUGUGAAAUGGAUUUGGUAGUCUUGAUCGUGUGUGUCCCAUGAAAUAUCACAGUCAACGCUCAUUGCAAUCUCAUUGGCCGUCUUGAGCACACACUGCAGCCAAGGAUGGAAUACAUAGAAUCUGAACUGUCUUCUGCUCCCUCAGGGAUGGCCUCCAGGUCAGAUUUGAGGCACACUAGCAGGAUAAUGGAGGGAGGAAGCUGUCACUGUCAACACCUUUGCUGUGCUGGCUUGCUGGAGAGAGAUCUUGAGUCUCAAAAGGCUGCCAACCACAUGCCUUUCAGCAGCAUUGAAGGGGGUGGAACAUUUUAAUGCCCUGUAAAAUGGGGGUGUGGAUUCAUACACCUCCUGUGUAAGAUGCUUUGAGAUCUAAGGCUUGAAAAGCGCUAGGGAAAAGCUAGGAAUUUAUUAGUAAUAAUAAUUAAAUUAAAAAAAAUAAUCACAGAAACUGGAUCAUCCCACUAACAUUUGUUUUUCUUCAGAGCUUUUGAUUGUGCAAGGUGCCAGGCUGACAGCCCAGGAGUCACCUGUGUGUCCCCUAAGGAAAUUAACGCACAGGCGGUACCAGUUUGGAAGAUUUUUCCCACCCCAGCCCACCGACAUGCGUUGACCUGGAACUGCAGAGAUCACCUAACGCAGGAGCGAUGGCAAUUACAGUCCCGAUCUAACAAACGUUCUUCCACAUGCGUAUCUUGAAGCAUCUGGGGAUGACUCACAUACUUAAAGUUAAACACAUGGUUAAGUGUUUGCAGGGCUGGGGCCUAAAUAUCUAUUCUCACUCAAUACUUGGCUUCCACUCAGACUGACAAUAUUGAAGGCUAGCUGUGUCAGUCAUUUUAGUCAUGAUGUAGACAUCCAUCCACUAGGAUCGGUGUUGAGAUUCCCAACUUAUUUCACAUACUGAGAACAAACAUCAGAGGGUUAUGAUCUAAUGUUGCAGCCAGUUUGGGACGUAUUCAAAUGGAUGAUAUGGAGGUGUAAAGCCUAGAGGCUAAUUUCUCAUCCCUUCAGCCAGCCAGUUCCACACCAAAUCCAAUUUAAACCCUACAUUCCUCUCCACUUAGUCAGACCAAUGUCAUGUUCCAAAGCAGUCUCUUGCAUUUUUUGUCAUCUCAAACUGCACUCUGACCAGGCAGAAAAAGAAGCCCUGGGAGGUCCAUUGGUCUCGACUUCACGCUGCAGAAGAAAAGAUAACCCCAGCAACAAUUUGAUCCCCGUGUGAGCCAUCAUCAAAUUACUCACA